AUGGCUCCCAACUUGCAAGGUCCCAAUAUUUUCGACGAUGCUACCCGUCUCCCGACCAAACCAUCCGUCUUCCGAGGAAUAUUGUCGUCCAGAACUCACAAGAGGAACCCCUCGGCAGAUGAUGCCGCCUCUUGCAAACCACCCUACCAAAGCCAGCCCUUUUGCAAUUCAUACGCGUCUCCAGUGGAGCAAGCAUAUGCCACUCUAGACCAACAACCCCUAACGGAAAUUGCCCUGAAUCGAGACGCAGCGGAUUAUGGCUCACCCCGGCAGAGAUCGCCUGCAAAACAGGAAAAGAAUACCUUGCACAAGAAGACGAAAAGUGCCGUGUCCCUGAAGUCUCUAAGGGGCUACAUGGAGCGUAAGGACAACCGAUCAGAAUCGCCCGAAGUCGAUUCCGAAGACCUGAAGCCCAAAAAGGCCAAAUCAGCCAACAGUCUUUCGGCAAUUUUGAAGCGGUCGCAGCGCGGGAGAAAAGCUGAAAGCUCGAAGAGUGGUCGAGACAAGGAAAAUCGAAGCCCAACGGACCUAGUUGACAACAUGCCAUCUCCUACAUGGAGCCAGUAUGCGCCUGGGCCAUGCUAUGGUCAAAUCGGGGUGCCACCCUCUCCCUCCAAGCGCAGAACUUUCCAAGAAGAAGUAUCGCUCUACACUCCUAAAGGCUAUGGGCCGUCCCAGCAGCGCAAUUUCUGGGAUUACCAUCAGCCGUCUCUCACGAACCGUACGGACCCCAAGCCUCGUCCAAAAUCAGAAUUUCUUUCGGGGAACCGCAAGGUGAGAGAGCUAUUCGGGUCACCCCAGAGCGUGUCCUCAGAAAAGCCUCCGCUAUCGGACACCCAAGAACCCUCGUCCCCCUCUAAAGGAAAGGGCCGGCCUCGAGCACUGUCAAAACCCGAGCCGCGGCAGGGUGCUGAACAGCAGCCAGAAAGCCCGAAAAAGGUGUCUCGUGUCCAAGCAGCUAUAUCUGCCUUCAAUGCCAAGGAACGCGAAGCGGAACUACAAAGACACUUAAAUGCAAAGGAUCUUGAAAGCGAAUUUGAGAAGCUUUUGGACGCAAGGAACAUCCCUCAUAAUAUGAGAGAGAAAAUGAGGUCCUUGGACACUAAUAUUAAGGCUGACUUUAUCCAAAAGGAUAAAGCAGAAAGCGCACAUAGUGCUAGUGCUAGUGUGCACACUAAUGAUAGCACAGGCCGCCGGGGUCGCAGAAAGGAACAAAAAGAGGAAAGGCAACCCCAAGACAGUAAAGGUUCUCAGUCGCGAUCCAGAAGUCGCGGGUUCAGCUUUUCCAAGGGUUCCUCGCCGACAAAGAAACGGCCAGAGAGUGGAAGUUCAUAUAGACGCCCAAAGUCUGCUGAAUUUUCACAGCCAGGGCUAUCGAAGAUAUUAACGCCAUCGACUUCUACGACAUCUCUCUCUGCAACAGCUUGUCAGGAUACUGCGGCCGACCCCUCAGACUUUGUUCAUUAUUUGAGGGAAAUUCAGAAACCGGAAAUGAUAGAGAUAGGCAAGAUUCACAAGCUCAGGCUUCUCUUGCGGAAUGAAACUGUUAGCUGGGUCGACACUUUCAUUACCGAUGGCGGUAUGGACGAGAUUGUACAGUUGCUUUACAGGAUCAUGAAGGUUGAGUGGAGGGAAGAACAUGAGGAUAAUUUGCUCCAUGAAACCCUUCUGUGUUUGAAAGCGCUCUGUACGACUUCCGUCGCAUUGCAGCGUCUUACGGCUAUUGAAGGGGAAAUCUUCCCAGCGCUCUUGAAAAUGCUCUUUGACGAGGAAAAGAAAGGACCGAGCGAGUACACGACGCGUAGUAUCAUUAUUAACCUUCUUUUCACGCAGCUUUCUACAGCAUCAUCAGCUGAAGAUGCCGCAUUGCGUGCUGCUCGGAUCCUGUCGUACUUACGAGACCCCACACCACCUGAAGAAAACCAGCCGCUUUCGUUCAUUGCCAACAUAUACCAGUCACGCCCGUACCGUGUCUGGUGUAAGGAAAUUUCCAAUGUGACCAAAGAAGUAUUCUGGAUCUUCUUGCAUCACUUGAACGUGAUACCCAUUGUGAAGAGCGAGAAGACGAGUUUGGAGGAUUUUCGAGAGAGGCAUUUCCCAGCCCCCAGGCCUCCGGUCCCUGCCGCCCCCUAUGUAGGUGGAGUUGAGUGGGACGCGACCAACUACCUAGCUGCGCAUCUGGAUCUCAUGAACGGACUUGUGGCGUCAAUGCCAUCGACAGAGGAGCGCAACAGACUACGAGCAGAAUUCCGAGCUUCUGGGUUCGAGAAGGUCAUGGGUGGCAAUUUGAGGACUUGUAAAGAAAAAUUUUACUCCUCUGUCCACGACUGCUUGCGGACAUGGGUUGCUGCCGCUAUUGAAGACGGGUGGCCAUAUACAGCUGUUCGUGAAGGUCCGCCACGGCCUGAGCCCGGGUCACCUACCAAAUCCCCAAUCAAAGCUGCUGGUGGCAGUCCUAGAAAGGGUCUUUUGGACGAGAGGCCUCCGCGGUUGGAGCUUGCAUUGGAUGGUCCUGCUAACAACCGAGUGCCUCCGAAGAAUGAAGGCCUUGGAAAUUGGUUAUGA